UGAGGCGGACGCGUCACUGCUCGUGGCCGGUGAGGAAGCUGCUGGAGCCGGGUGAAGGAUGUCUGACGCGGCCACCUCGGGAGACUCGCGGUCGGAGGACGAGACGCUUUUCCAGCAGACAGUGGCUCAGAUCGGAGGUCAAGAGCGGAUAUACUUGGUCAGCGAUGUCCACCAGAGUCAGGGGAAGGUCGAGGGUGACGGCCGCGGACUGCUGCAGGAGUUCGUCGGUGACAUGUUCCACGGUUGCCGCCUGUACGGCAACAUCGGGCAGCGAUGUACUUCUCAAAAUCCACACCCUUGUGCCGCCAAAAUGGAAGACCUUAACAUGAAGGAGAUUCCUUUGACGAUCAAGCGAGAUGGCGUGAGUCCGUGUGAGGACGCGGCGAACGGCAAACCCCAGAGAACCGCGACCCGAGAGGUCAGCGUCUACAGCCAGCGACGCGCUAUCGACUUCCCGGUGAUCGUUUUCCUUUUCAGACAGACGUUUGUCUCGAAAACCCGCAACCACGUGUGCGUGAAGGAGAUUCUGAAGGACGUGAAGGCGCGCGCCAGACGCACCAAGCGGAGGCCAGCUCUGAUUGGACUAAUACACAGCCGACAGGAGGACAGUGACACGCAUCAGUGUUUGGAGAACCUGGAGCUGCUGAUCCGCUCCGUGUUCCGCAAGCAUCCAGCCGAGUGCAUCUGGGUGGGCUGCUUCCUUCCCCUCUCAGAGGUCAACACGCUCCACAUCAAGAGGAAUAUCAGCCGGGUUAUAAAGGCCUCUCAGGAAGCAGAUAACACAGAGGACAGAGGAAACCUGCUUUCGUUCCCAUGUCGGUGCUGGUCUCACAGGGGCCGGGCAAACGGCUCCCCGUCCCACGAGCAACGAGGUGACAUGCAAAGUGAAGAAGAAAGCAUCCCUCUGAAAAUCCGUUCUUCAGCUGCCGGGCCUCAGGAGGAGUCAGCUGGAGUGGACAGCUGAUCCCAUCAAAUAUGAUGAAGCAGACCCAAGCGUCGCACUGUGAACUGUUAACUCGCUUCUGUGCCUUUACCAGAGUUAUGGAUCCAGAACUAGCUUUGCUAACGUACUCGUACCAAACCGGCUGGGGGCUGCUAAUAUAGACAAUCACUUGCUAUCACAAGACAAUGUUUAGUGUCUUUAUUCUGACAGAAAAGCACACACUAGCCGCCCGCAACUUAAAUCUAAAAUAGUAGAUCAUCUCCUUGUUGCGUAGAGCUCCUCCAAUAGUUUUGAUUGAACAAUGUGCCUCAGACAAGUGCUCUUCUUUAUUUUUGUACAUGGUCUGUUUUAUGUAUUUCUAUUGUCAAGCGAUUGUUCCUUUAUAUGAAUAUUUAAAUAAAAGUGCUUACUGAA